AUGCCUCAGCUCAACGGACAAGACGUCGGCCAGGUCGGCUACGGCCUCAUGGGCCUCACAUGGCGACCCAAGCCCUGCUCAGAGGAGCAGGCCUUUGAGGCCAUGCGCACCGCCUUGCAGAACGGCAAUAACUUUUGGAACGGUGGAGAAUUCUACGGAACGCCAGAGUACAACAGCAGCGUCCUCCUGGAGCGCUAUUUCACAAAGUACCCCGAGGACGCCGACAAGGUCGUCCUGAGCAUGAAGGGCGGCGUCAAUCUUGCACAGCUGAAGCCAGACGGCUCGCCCGAGGGCAUCCGCCGCUCCCUCGACAAGAUUCUCUCCCAGCUCGGGGGCCGUAAAAAGGUCGACAUAUUCGAGUGCGCGCGGCGCGAUAAGAACACGCCUCUCGAGGUCACUUUCGGUAUCAUUCAAAAGGAGUACAUCGACACGGGCAAGGUCGGCGGCAUCUGUCUCUCCGAGGUCUCGGCCGCAUCGAUCCACGAGGCCGUCAAGAUUGCAAAGAUUGUAGGCGUCGAGGUCGAGCUCAGCCUCUUCUCGACCGAAACCCUCACCAACGGCGUCGCGGCCGCGUGCGCGGAGUAUGGCAUUCCGCUCAUCGCCUACUCGCCCAUUGGCCGCGGUAUGCUGACGGGCGAGGUCAAAAAGCUCGACGACAUCCCUAAGGACGACAUGAGGCGGCACAUGCCUCGCUUCCAGCCCGAUACGUUUGACAUUAACAUUAAGCUCGUCGAGCAGGUCGAGAGCCUGGCGAAGAAGAAGGGAGUCACUCCGGCCCAGCUCGCCAUCGGCUGGACCGUCGCCCUCUCAAAUCGGCCUGGCAUGCCCGAAAUCAUCCCCAUUCCCGGUGCCACAACGGCGGCGCGGGUUACUGAGAAUGCAAGGUUGGUUCAACUUACCGACGCGGAAAUGGCCGAGAUUGACGCGACGCUGGCUAAAUUUGAGGUCGCGGGUGGUCGCUACCCCGACGGUGCUCCCGUCAACACCUGA